GCGCUUAUUCUACCGCCACAGUCACCGCGCCUCGCCGCCUCGCGCUGUGCUCGCGCUCCCGCCCGCUGCCGCCGCCGCUGCUGCUGCUCUUCCUCCUCCUCCUCCUCCUCCUCUUCCUCCGCCAUGAACGGUCAACUCAACGGCUUCCACGAGGUGUUCAUCGAGGAGGGCACCUUCCUCUUCACCUCCGAGUCUGUGGGCGAGGGGCACCCAGAUAAAAUCUGCGAUCAGAUCAGUGACGCUGUCCUGGAUGCCCACCUCAAACAGGACCCUGACGCCAAGGUGGCUUGUGAAACGGUGGCGAAGACUGGGAUGAUCCUGCUGGCGGGGGAGAUCACCUCCCGGGCUGCUGUUGACUACCAGAAGGUGGUCCGGGACACCAUCAAGCACAUCGGUUACGAUGACUCCUCAAAAGGCUUUGACUACAAGACAUGCAACGUGCUGGUGGCCUUGGAGCAGCAGUCGCCUGACAUUGCCCAGGGCGUCCACCUGGACCGCAGCGAGGAGGACAUCGGCGCUGGGGACCAGGGCCUGAUGUUCGGCUACGCCACGGACGAGACAGAGGAGUGCAUGCCCCUCACCAUCGUCCUGGCACACAAGCUGAACGCCAAACUGGCUGAGCUGCGACGUAACGGCACGCUGCCCUGGCUGCGCCCCGACUCCAAGACGCAGGUGACGGUGCAGUACAUGCAGGACCGUGGCGCCGUCAUCCCCAUCCGGGUGCACACCAUCGUCAUCUCGGUGCAGCACGACGAGGAGGUGUGCCUGGACGAGAUGCGGGACGCGCUGAAGGAGAAGGUGAUCAAGGCGGUGGUGCCGGCCAAGUACCUGGACGACGACACCAUCUACCACCUCCAGCCCAGCGGCCGCUUUGUCAUCGGCGGCCCCCAGGGUGACGCCGGUCUGACCGGCCGCAAGAUCAUCGUGGACACCUACGGGGGCUGGGGGGCCCACGGCGGUGGCGCCUUUUCGGGGAAGGAUUACACCAAAGUGGAUCGCUCGGCUGCCUACGCCGCGCGCUGGGUGGCCAAAUCCCUGAUCAAGGCUGGGCUGUGCCGCAGGGUGCUGGUGCAGGUCUCGUACGCCAUCGGGGUGUCCCACCCCUUGUCCAUCUCCAUCUUCCACUACGGCACCUCCCAGAAGAGCGAGCGGGAGCUGCUGGAGAUCGUCAAGAAGAAUUUUGACCUCCGCCCCGGGGUGAUCGUCAGGGAUCUGGAUCUGAAGAAGCCCCUCUAUCAGAGGACCGCAGCCUAUGGCCACUUUGGUAGGGACAGUUUCCCUUGGGAAGUUCCCAAAAAACUAAAAUACUGAAAGAAAAAAAAAAAAAAAAAAGCCUUGUUAGGCUUUUUCCCCCCACUCCUGCGGGCGUAGGUUACAGAGAAGCUCGCGGGCUCUGGGGGAAAGAGCUCCUGGGCCCCCCCAGGCUCUCCUGGCCCCGUGUCCCCCCCCCCUUUUUUCUCUCUCUUUCUCUCUCUCUCACCAUCGUUUCGGUUGCGUGGGGACCACGCGCGGCCUCGUGCCUCUCCCCAAGCCCCCCCCCCCCCGCCUCCGUCUGUAGUCCCCCCUCCUCCGCGGCCGCCCAUCCCUCCGACUUAUUUUUAAACAAAAAUCUCGUGUGACGUCUGAGCUCAGAGACGGCAAAACGCCCCCGAGCGCUUCCCCCCCCGCCCCCCCCGACUCUCGCUGCCCCGCUGGGGAGGGGGGGAGGUGUGAUGCCGCCAUUUCGCCCCCCCCCUUUCCCGCCGGGACCUCAUUGGUGCUGGUUUUGUUCUUAACCCCGAUUUUAAACCUCUUCUCUCGGAGGAUGCACAUUUUGGGGUGUGUGUGGGGGGUAAAUGGUGUUAAACCUGCCCCCCACCCCCCUACCCCAAAUCCCCUGUGCGGGUUUGGUAUCGGAGGAAAAAGUUUUAUGGAUUUUGUUGGGUUUUUUGUUUGUUUUUUUUUCUUUAUAAGAAAGCUGAAAUGAGUCCACAACUGCACAAACCCCCCCCCCCCUUCCCGCACCCAGCUCGGCGCUGAGGUGGGGGGGGGGGGUGGAGGGGCUCAGCUGAGCUUUAUAUAUUUUGGGGGGGGAAAGGGGAGGGAUUUGGCCCUUCAUACUUGAACGUUUUUUUUCUAGCGGUGUAUUUAUUGUGUGCUGAGGCGCGGGGCGUGAGUACAGAGAAGCCCCCGGGCUCAGACGGCAGCUCUUGAUUUUCCUGAAAGCCCCCCCCCGCCGGCACCCUCACCCCCCCCUCCAGCUGCCUUUCCCCCACCCCAAGGAGGCCGAGCUGGUCUCUGAACCGGGGUGAAAAAGGGAGAAAUCGGGUUUUUUUUAUUGACAGAGGAGGGGAGAGGGGCAGGCAAACGCUGGGGCUGCCCGGCCCCGGGACCGCGGCGCAUUUGGCCGGUGUGGUACAGAGAAGCCGGCUUGUUUACCUGCCCGUCCCGGGGGGGCCGGUGCCCCCCCAGAAGUGCCUUGGUGGGGUGGGGGUGAUGGCAGGGGGGCUUUCUCUUUUAUUUUUUUUCUUUCUUUUAAUAUUUUUCUGGAGGUUUUAUUACAUUUGUUUCGAUUUCACCAAUUCCAAAAAGAAACUUAAAAAUAAAAACUGCUGGGUUCGACCGUA